GAGUAACUCAGCGGGACAGGCAGCAUCUCUGGAGAGAAGGAAAGGGUGACUUCAGUCGAAACUCUACUUCAGACACUUCUCUCCAGAGAUGCUGCCGGUCCCGUUGAGUUUCCCCAGCUUUUUGUGUCUAUAAUAUUGUGAUAUGCAAAAGGAAAAUUGUGCUGGGGUAUUAAUAGCAGCAAUAUCCAAUAGUCCAGGAAUUUCUGCUAUUCAGCAGCACCAAAACCUCAUGGGUGCCAGAGCAGUCUUGGUUCUGAAGAUGAUAAACCACAGUAACAUUUCCAAAUGCUUUAAGGGUUAAUGCAGACUGGGGGAAAGAUGGCUGCUGCUGCUUUCUGCAUUUGUAAGUGUUAUGGACUGACAGACCACAAGAUCAGGGAGAGAGAAAAACAAGAUUUGAUUUCCUUUCGAUCAAAGCCCGUUUUAAAAGUACAUUUAAGAACCUCCUGUUGCUUUCUCACAACACACUGGGAUUUGAAACUUGUGUAAAAGCUAUCUAAAUUGUGCAAGUGUCUAACCCCUGUAAUACUGGUUUCAUUUGGAGUUCAACGUUCUUAAUGCUGGUCUCUGAGUAAGGUCUAAAACCAGUAAGCUUACUUGUCAUAAUGUUUUUGUCCCUUGUGAUAUGAAUGAAAGUAACUCGAGCAGAGUGUUUCUUAAAUACUAUUCUAGAAUUUACACAUAUGGGCAAUGGAAUGUCUUCUUGCUCAACACAUGAUGCCUGCGAUUUAAAUAUAAACACAAUGACAGAUCGAGGCAUAGCAACUCACUGCGAAGCUUUUAAUUCCAUACCUUCGCUAAAAAUAUUUUCUUUAAAGAGGAGAAGCCGAGAAAGCAACAGGAAAUUUUACUUGCUGGUGCCCACGAUUGUGUGUUGAGGUCUUCCUGCAUAAUCGGUAUUCCUUGUCAUGUCGAUCCCGAUGGAGUACAGCUCAAUAUACCGGGACUCACAAACCAUGGAUAAUCUGGAGAAACAGCUAAUUUGCCCAGUAUGUCUUGAAAUGUUUUGCAAGCCUGUUGUGAUAUUACCGUGUCAACAUAACCUCUGUAGAAAAUGUGCCAAUGAUAUUUUUCAGUCACGUGGCACGUGCCUGGGUUCAGGAGGCUGUUUCCGGUGUCCAUGUUGUCGCCAGGAGAUCAUUCUGGACAGACAUGGAGUUUACGGACUCCAGAGAAACCUGCUGGUGGAAAACAUCAUUGACAUUUACAAACAAGACUCCCUGCGGUCCACAGCAAAACCUGAACAACCAACAUGUGAAGAGCAUGACGAGGAAAAGAUUAAUAUCUACUGCAUUUCAUGUGAGACGCCAACAUGUUCAUUGUGCAAAGUAUUUGGUGUUCACAAGGCUUGUGAAGUUUCCCCACUUCUAACUGUCUACAAACAAGAAAAGUGCAAACUAGACGAUGGAAUUGGAGCACUUGUUGCAGCCAAUGAUGCAAUUGAAGCAUUUAUUACAGAUCUGGAAGAAAUUAGCAAAAAUAUCGAGGACAACUGUAGAGGCCAAAAGCAAGCAUUGUAUGAACAAUUUGAUUCCCUGUUUGCAGUUUUAGAGGGGAAAAAACUAGAGAUGAAGCAAAUAAUCUCAAAUGAACAAGAUGAGAAAAUAACCCAGUGCAAGGCUUUGAUAAAACGUUACAGUGAACACAUACAAUCCAUGUCCAAGCUCGUAGAGUCUGUGCUACAGUCAAUGAAGGAACCCCAAAUGGCAGUCUUUCUACAGAAUGCAAAGACGCUGAUAGCAAAAGUUUCAGAAGCCACUGGAGCCUCAGGUAUUGAAGAACUGGAGCAUGGUUAUGAAAAUAUGGAUCACUAUAAUAUUGAUCUUGAGAAAGAACAGCAACUGCUCCAAGCAAUUGGUUUCCUCAAAGAUGAAGAGAAAUCCGAGCCCGGAGUUGCAGAGGCUGCAGCAAAUGAAAAGGAGGAGUGUGAAGAGGAAGAUAAAAUUUCACAAUUGCCCGCUGCUAAUAUUUCAGAAGUUAUUGUUGACGUCCCUGCCCUGGAAGAAAACCUUUCUUCGUCCUCAGAGCCUUACCCCGGACUUCCUGAUAUUGUAGGUAUGGUCCCUGAGAUGGGAGGUGUCAGUAAGGAGCGCUCUGGUGUUGUAGGUGAUGUUCCAGGAAAUGAAGAUCUGGGGGCUGCUGAAUCUUCAGGUGCUGUGGGUAAUACUCCUGAGGAGGACCUCCGAGCGUGGCCUUCCAAUGCUGAUGAAGAGGUUUCUGCAAAAGACGAGUUAAUUGUGGAGUUUAUUGAAGCAGGGGAUGAGGUCCUUGUGGAAGAUCCCAAUGUCGAGUUCUUCAGUGCUGAUGAAGACAUCCCUGAAAAGGAGGAGCCUAGGGAUGAAUACUCUGUUGUUGGGAUUGAAGCCUGUGAAUUGAAGCCUGAGGUCCUCAAUGGAGAAUCGCCCAUUGGUAUUGAAGAGCUCAAGGUUGAACCCUUUGCUGUGGGUGGGAUCCCUUUGAAUGAAGAAUCUGGUACCGAGUCUAAUGGUGUUAAGAUUGAAGCUCCUGAAGAGCAGGCAAGGGCAAAGUCUUCAACUGCUGGAGCUGGUCUGGAAAGGAGAGAGUCCAGCAUUAAGCCUUCAAGUUUUGUAGGCUCUGAGCCCUCUGUUGGUGUGGAUGGGAUUCCUAUAAAUGAACUCUGUGCUUUGUCUGGUGACCCCUGGGAUGAAGCUAUUGAAGACCAUCCCAGUGUUGAGUCUUUGGCUGCUGUGACACUUACCAUUGGAAAGAAAGAGUCCAUUCUUCAACCUUCAUGCUCUGUGGUUAACGUUCUUGGAGAUGAUCCUAGUGCCAAGUCUUCCACUGAUUUUGGAGAAGAUCUUGUAAAGGAAGAAGUCAAUGUUGUGUCUGAUGGCGCUGGGCCUAAACCAACUGAAGAGCAGUCUGGUGUCAAGUCUUCAGUUGAAGCUCCUGAAAAGAAAGAGUCCAAUGUUGACUUGUCACAUUCUAUGGAUAAUUUACUUGAAGAUGAUCUCAAUCUGGAGUCCUCCACUACUGUGAAUGAAGUUUCUGUAGAGGAAACAUUCAGCGCUGCAUCUUUGGCUUCUGUGUCUGGCAGUCCUGAGAAGAAAAUGCUAAGUGUUGAGUCUUCAGUACCUGUGGUUCCUGUAGCCAAUGUUGAGCCCUGCAACGCUGUGGAUGACAGCCAUGAAAAGGAAGAACGUGUCUCUGAAUCUUUAGGCGCUCAGAUUGAAGGAGACUCCUGUGCGGAGACAUGGAGCAAUGUAAAUGAAGUCCCUACAAUGGGAGAACCCACUGUCGAACCUGUGGAUCAGGUGCCUGAAAAGGAGAUGGUUAAUACUGAGUCGGAAGUGACUUCAGUUGAGGUCCUUCCAAUGGAGGAAUGCACCGCUGCAUCUCCAGCUGUUGUUGACGGAGCCCUGGCAACGCAUGGGCCAGGUGCUGUGUUUCCUGAUGUUGUGGAUGAGUUUGCUGAUGUAGAAGAUUCAAAUGAGACGUCGUGCAAUGCUGGUUUAAAAAUGGAAGAUUGUAAUGCAGAUAUCAGAGGAGCAAAGAGAGAAGAAUGUAUUCCUACAAGUCUGGACCCCACCGAUAAUUUCUUCACAGAAGGAACGCCGGGUAAACCUUCAGAUGCUCCAAUAUCAAUGGUCCAUGAAGUCCAUGCUACACCUUCAGAGGCUGAUGGACCUGGUUCAGUUGUAGAACCCAUCACUGCCCCCUGCAGACCAACUCCGGAACCAGCCACUGUAUUUCCAACGCCCAGAUGUGAAAUCUUCCGAUGUGGACAAACCAUAACUCCAUUUGCAGAUGUUGAAAGCGGUAAAUCGACACAAGACAACGCUGAUGCUGGUGUCUCAGAAACACCCGUACAACAGAAUGGAUGGUUAAGUGGAAUUUGCAAUGCCGACGGUUUAAAAAUACCGCACCUGUUGGCAGUGGUCGAUGAAGAUACCAAGUUAUAUCCAGGUUGGCAUAAGUGUGGUUCAUGGCGUGUGCUUAAACCCACCAUACUGGUUACAAGUCCCAGCCCAAGCCCAACUAGUCAUGAUGUACCUGGACCACCAUCAGUGGCAGAGACUCUAACACAACCAGAGGCCAGCCCUGUUGCAAAUGCUCCCGGCUCAUCAACUGCGAUAGAAACAACCGACUGCCAAAAUACCGUACCAUCGUCGCCUGUGUCAAAGGCACUAGGCUUCUGCCUUUCAUUAUUGGCAUUGAUGAUCAUUCUUCUCAACCUAUGGACUAGGGAUGAAUUCAUGGCUUGUACAUGGAAGGGUUGAAUGGACUUGAAUGAAGAAGGUGGAAAGCCCAGAUUCUGCUACAGGAAGCAGUGUGCGACCAACAGCAGGUCAAGAACCCAGCACAGCCGACUCCUCGCGACACGUCUUUUCAUUUUCGUGGCUGAACGCUCUUGCGAACUAGAGAAGUGAGGGGAUCCUGCACUUGCUGAAUGUGAAGAUAUUAAGCAACGACUGUCGUUUCUGUAUUUGUCGUUUGAAGUGACGUCUGGAGUUAAUAAUGCAGAACCACACUGAGGGAAACAGCUUAGUUUAGUUUAGAGAUACAGCGUGGAAACAGACCGAGUCCGCAACGUCCAGCAAUCCCCGCACAUUAACACAUUAUUCCUUCGCUCCAUAGAUGCUGCCUCACCCGCUGAGUUUCUCCAGCAUUUUUGUCUAUCUUAUUUUCUGCAUAUCCUUUUUAAGUUGGCAAAUACUUUAAGGAAAGUUAUUAAUAAUGCAGCUAACAAAUCACUGUGCAGGGAUGCAGCUCUACAUUCCCAUGCAAUGCCAAUCUCUUAAUUAACAAAGGCUUUGUAAAUGGAAAUUAAAAAUGUGCACUCAGGGUGGGAUACAAUUAGUUUGCACCAUCACAGGGAGAUCUUCUCAAAGCAGUUUUGCAAUGACUUUAUGAAAUUAAUUAAAUUGGUUAUUGUUAACUUUGAGGCUAAUAAUCAUUUGCUGGAACACAGUAAUGUUUUGGUUAGAGCCAACGCCCUAUGUAAAUGUAGUGUAAAAAGGAACUAGAGUGCAGUCCUGAACUACUAUGUCCACUCCAUAGAUGCUGCUGCACCCGCUGAGUUUCUCCAGCAUUUUUGUGUACCUACUAUCUAUCUCGUUGGUGAACCUCAGACUAUCUUUGAUCGGACUUUACUGGCUUUACCUCGGACUAAAUGCUAUUGGCUUAUGUACACUGUAAAUGGGUCGAUUGUAAUCAUGUAUUGUCUUUCCGCUGACUGGUUAGCACACAACGAAGGCUUUUCACUGUACCUCGGUACAGGUGACAAUAAACUAAACUGAGCUGCAGAUGCUGGUUUACACCAAAGAUAGACACAAAAUGUUGGAGUAACUCAGCCAGUCCAGCAGCAUCUCUGGAGAUAAAGAAUAGGUGAUGUUUCUGGUCGAGACCCUUCAUCAGAAAUGUAGAUGCUGUUUUAGGAUUAGGUUUACGAGUGCUUUAUGGAAUGAGAGACAGUGAAAAGCUUUUGUUUGAGUGCGAUUCAAUCAAAUCAAAUAAUGCCAUACCAGAAUACCAACAAGCUAUGGAUAAGUACAAAAGAUAGUGAAGAGAAAAAUACCACAGGGCAGAAUGUACUCUCUGCGAUGUAACAUUAAAGUUCAAGAGAAAAAAGUCCAAUGUCAACAAUGCGGUUGGUUGGAGGAUCGGGACUGUACUUUAGCUUAUGGAAGGGACUAGUUUGUGUUAGUUUAUUAUUGUCAUGUGUACUGAGGUACAGUGAAAAAGCUCUUUGUUGCGCACCACCCAGACAUCCAAGAAUUGUCCCAAUCCGAAACAUCACCUAUUCCUUUUCUCCAGAGAUGCUGCCUGACCCGCUGAGUUACUCUGGCUUUUUGUGUCUCUCCAAACGACUUUCCAUGAUUACAACGAAGCUGCCCGCAAUGUAUAGAUACAGGAUAAAGGGGAUAACUAUAAAUUAG